ACUCAUGCGAUUGUUUUGCCCCCUUAGCUUCAGGUGUUGUGCCAAAAAGUGAUCGUUGGGCAGACAGUGAUUACCGUCCGCGUGAGCGCGCAGCUGCUUAAAGCUGUAGCGUCCAGAUUACUCACGUAGACAGCUAAUUCCGUUCAACUGAUAUAAGAUGCGGUAAGCUGAACACAGCUGCAACCGCAACCGCACCGCAUUUUCUUGUUAGUAACAGUAACGGAGUUGUAACAAUAGAAAUAGUAAUUAGUUAGAUUACUUGUUACUGAUAAAAGUAACGCUGUUAAUAACGCCAUUACUUGUAAUCGUUUGUAUCGUUUGGGGUGGAUUUUAAGGGUGUACUGCAGCUGUCUUUCUUUUUCCUUCAGACACCAAAAAUGCUUCCCGUACAGCAGCCAAUAGUAUGUUUGAAUAGUUAAAUGGACUGGCACUCAUAAAGCGCUUAGUGCUUUCUACUACGAGUCUCAUUCACCCAUUCGUACUGCAGUUUUUUUUUCAUUCCUAAGUGCUUUUUAUCGAAUAUUCACACAACACAUGACCCACGCUUCAUCCAUCCAUCCAUGGUUGGGACUUUGAAAUACCAACACACUAGGGAUGGACAAUAUAUUGAUAUUUCAAAGAAAUUAGGAAGGAAUAUUUAUGAUAAUAUACAAAAAAAUCCUAUCAGUUCUUAAAUACUAAAUAAAAAAAUUCCAUUCAAUUUGUAAAUUAUUCAGAGGGCAUCAAAUCGCAACAAGUCACCUCAAUGUGGUUUAUAUUGUAAGGUAAAGCCUCUACAAACAUACAGAGAAGCAGACGACCCCCUAUCAGCAAGCACUUGGUAACAGUGGGAAGGAAAAACUCCAUUGCAACAGGAAGAAAGCUCCAGCAAAACCAGCUGUGACUGGUUGGGGUUUUUUUUUAGCUAAUUUCCAUCAAAGGCUGAGAUGUUGCUCUAACUGGGCAGAGUGCCUGUGCUUAUUUCAGUGUUGUGCCACUGAUAUCAUGGUAUGACACUGUUAUAUGAUGUAUAAAAUGUAUGUAAUUGUAUAAAAAUGCACCUCACAUAAUGUCAUAGUAGUAAAAAGUGUUGUAGAUUAAGUGUCUGGAGCAGUCUCUUUGGCACUGAGUUUCCGGUUCACGGUGAUUCCUCAUAUAUGUGCCGACCUCAUUGUGUGAAACUGUGGCCAUAUUUAACAGGGUUGGCACUGACUGCAAAUGUGGCAACGUUUGUUUUGCAAAACUUUGAUCCAAGAUGAGCAAAUAUUUCAAAUAGUGCUCUGAGUCAGAAAUAUCAUCUGCACGUUAUUAAUAGGAAAGAAACUGAAUUUAUAUCCAGCGUGCAGAGUCUAAGCCAUAGCUCCAAAGGCGAGGAAGGUCUUUAUCAAACUGCAAUGCCAGUGUUAGCAUUAAAUAAUAACAGCCUCCUUCUCUGAGGCUGUAUUUCUUUGUUGAUGGGAAAGCCAAGCCUGACGUUCAUGAGGCGAUAUCGAACAGUGCUGUUUUUCACACAAAGAACAGUGAGCGAGGGAGAGACAGAGAGAAAGCUGGUGCCCAGCAAAGUGGCCUCUGGGCUUCUAUGCAGCAACGAAACCCCAGAGAUCUGUCAAUAACAGGCAGGUUGUUGUUGGCUGUUGUUGUUGGAUCAAUCCAGGCCCCGAGCAUUGCUUCACUUCUAAUUGCCAUGUGCACUGACAACACAGCACAUGCUCUUUACUUUCAUGUGUGCCAAAGUCUUCGUGGUGCUUCUCAGUGUUUUCUAGACCGUGGUCUGACUGCUUUACAGUUUUGCUGUCACUUUUUUUGUUAGGUUUAAUUUAAAAAAUUCGAGUCGAGCUGCGUUUUGCUUUUAUUUCGGUACGCACGGCUGGCCGCUUAAAGAGAGAUGGCGAAACAUCAAGAGACGUGCAGCAGCACGCUUAAAAAAUCAACCGCCGCCACCUGCUGUUAAUUGAUUAGCUGAAAGCGAACCCAUACAUUAUUCAAUUUUGCAUAAUUUACAGUUCAUAUAGAGCUUUUUACAUCAGGCGUUUCAACAUCAUGCGCCUCGCUGCAUCACGUGACUCACUUCCCACAGGGAGGUUUGUUUUUGCCCAGUGUGAGAUGCUGUCUGAGUGGGAGUGGAAGCUGCUUAAAUGGACUGGGUGCUCUUUCCCCAGUAAUAAACUGACAAGAAUACCUCUUACUGCAUUUGUGUCAUUGAGAAGCACACAGUAAGGAGUUUAGAUCCUUUACCAGUCGAGCCUACGUGCAGACCAACGCUGACGAUAUCUGUGACAGUCCAGAGAGCAGAGCGGCCCGAGGCCGUGCUCUGUUUUAGAGGCGUUUGCAGCUUUAAGUAGAUCCACCUACACCCGUCACAUUUACAUUUUCUCACGGCUGUUCAGAGCCGCUCUCAACAGUGCUGUAAACUUUAGCAGAAGUAGAACAAGCGGGUCUUAAAGAGAUGUGGCUCAUGCAGGUGCUUUAUAUGUGAACCACGUGAAUGAUCUUUUUGUUCGUACAGAUUGUUAGAAUUUGUUUUUUAUUUCAUUUAACCAGGAUAGAAACUCAUUAACGAUGUGGAUCAUAUCAUACACAUUUGUAACAUUUUUGAGGCAAAUUUCUCUUCAUACAGAAACAACCAAAAUGUGCAAACUUCACUGUGCAUAAAGAAUGAGUACAUUAGUAAAAGCUGAUGGCGUGCAGGUGAAGCGGCUCUUUAGUGUUCGUUGAUCCUGCAGCUGAUUCCAGGCGAAGGAGCUGCAAAUCUGAACGCUUUUUCCAAACUCAGUGCAGUCUGUCACUCAGCAGAAUACAAAUUCUCCCAAAUCCAGUCCGGGCGAAUUAUGUCAGCACCUCGCUGUUUGUCCUCUCCUCAGUUGUUUUCAAAUGGCAGCCACUGUCAACAGCUGCAGCAGGGGGCUCGUCUCCUGUCUCCUAUACCCUGGUGCUCGAAAGCCCCCAGAAACACCAAUCAAUGAAUGAACCACUUACUGUGGUAUUCAGAGAACAAAGUAAUGUCUAGUAUUCUGCUGGAAUGGAAGGAGCACAAAGUCCAGGUCUUUAAUGGGGCGAGGAGCGCGAGGGCUGAUGGAGCCGUGUGUUAGAUUCUUGUUUUUGUUAUGUGGCUUUUUAAAAGCCCAGAUGAGCUGCCUCAUUCCUCUCCACUGACUUCAUGACAGGUAACACAGAGACAAUCGCUUCCCCGUACAGCCUUCCAGCUCACGUAUCCUUGAGAAUGUUCUGUACUCCAGCCUGCACUGCACAGUCAGUGCCGUGAAUGUCCUGCAGAGCUCACCUGAGCUGUAAGGUGCGAGCUCACCCCUGUAUUUCCCUGCACAUGUUUUUACUGAAUUAAGUUGAUGUGCGAGGCGGGGUGGCUUUUACUUCCGAAGGAAACGGCUUUCAUCGCUCGUAUUUGCCAUGGAAGGUGGCAGAUUGCAAAUGAAACAUCGCCAAACACGUACACCAGCGAGGAGGCGAUUGAGCCCGUUUUAUGCAAAUAUGAGUGGAUGUUGCUGGGUGAGUGAGCAGAGAAAAGCCCCGCUGGGAUGUUAUCUGUGAAGUGUGUCAUGUGAAUGCAUUUACUUUUAAGAAUGGAGGCCAAGCCCGUGAGCCUUGUGGGGUAACAUAAAGAAAUGAGGCCGUCAGCCAGAACACAUCAUCUUUGACCGCCUGCCCGGGUGAUUCAGGUCGAGCGAACUACAGCUCUUUAAUUUGUGUCUCUGCGCUAUUGUUUAAUAAGGCUAAAGGCCCUCUUUUUUUCCACAUGUGACACUGUUGAAUGAUCUGGUCGCUAAAUUGACUGCACUUAGCGCUCUUCUUCUCUUCUAAUUUCCUCUCUUCUGCCCCCACUUUGCUCCAAUCCCUUGUCAUCUGUCUCACCAUUGUUAUCAGUGUCUGCACUCAUGAGCUGACCACCUCCUUUCACUCCCCUGCCUUGUGACUUUAAGUUGAGAAGUGUCUCUGCACACACAAAGCUGCUGUAUGCCUCUCCACACAACCCUCUGCUCUUGCCAUCUUCCCUUCCUCUUUCUUUCUGCCCUUCAGCUUUCAAAGCUCAUUCUAUAAAAACCCGUCCUGUGAAACUCAUCCAGCAUCCCACAGCUACUCACCCGCAUCCAGUCACCGGAACCAAAUCUACUUCAGCACAAACACACGCCAAACCAUCAGAGCACGGAGGUGGCAGAGACCUGAGGUUGACGAGGGAGGGAGGGAAAAAGAAGAGGGCAAUAAGAUGUCAGGCGGAUGGGUAAAAGUGAGCUAUCUUCACCCGGCCUCUUCUAAAUAAGCCAUCCAUUCUUUAGUAUUUUAAAUCCCAUCAGUCUAACCCCGUGGGGUGGGAGGGUGCAUUAAAAUGUAGGAGCGAAAAGACAGACAUGAUUUGUUGUGAUGGGACGAGAGCUCGAGCGAGAACAGGAGGAGAAGUAGAGGAAUGCGAGAUAAAUACAAUGAGGUGCAGGUUUGAUUCGAGCAAAGACAGAUUGGAGAGAAUAGAUGCAGAUAGAGGCGGAGACGGAAACACGGGGAGUAAGAACAAGAGAGAUAGACGUAUACGGCUGAGCUGGCAGCCUCCUCCGCCGAUUAACAUGCUCCUCAGACAUGGUGAGGGGGAUCAAACUUGCACAAAGCCAGGCCUUGGAGUUAUGCCUGCAAUGCAAUGAAAAUGCAUGUGUGUGUGCGCGUGUGUUUAUUUCUGUUUGUUUGUUUUGAGUUUGGAGCUGCUCCUCGACACACACAGAGCAGUGUGUCUUUGUUCACAGCUGCCUUGUGUGCACAGUCGUCAGCUGGAGACGACUGUUGAUUGACAUCACGGUGUGUGUGUGUGUGUGUGUGUGUGUGUGUGUGUGUGUGUGUGUGUGUGUGUGUGUGAGGUGUGACAUUCAAAGCAACAGGGAAGGCCAGAGCAGAAAGUGGAACCCAGAGUUACUGUAGUGCAUGAACUCACACUGGAAUUUCUGGCUGAUCGGUGGAGGGAGAGGACAAAGGAGACUCUGCAGUUGGGUUGCUAUGGCAGCUGUGGCCCCUUCCUACUUCUUCCUGCUGUGUUGGCUGCUGCGAACGGCUAGCUCGGCUUUCCCGGAGGAACCAGGGCCCCUGAACUUCAUCCCUACAGAAGUGGUGAGAAGAUACCCCGUGUUUCUGGGCCGACCGCACAAAACGUGGCUGAGACAAGAGCCUCUGCACGUCCAGAGGAUCCUGCAGGUCAAUCGGACGCUCUACAUCGGAGCGAGGGAUGACCUUUUUCGUGUGGAGCUGGACACCACUGCAGGAGAUGAGAUGUUUUACAACAAGAAAAGAACGUGGGAGUCAAACAAGAACGACAUCCGGAUCUGCAGGAUGAAGGGCAAACAUGAGGAUGAAUGCCGUAACUUCAUCAAAGUGCUGCUCAGCAGAAACGGAGGCUUGUUUUUGUGUGGAACCAACGCCUUCAACCCGCUGUGUGCCAACUACACUGGAGACACUCUGGAGAUGCUGGGAGACACAGUCAGUGGGAUGGCCCGGUGUCCCUAUGAUCCCAAACACGCCAACGUAGCUCUGGUCGCAGAGGGGAAUCUGUUUACGGCCACAGUGACGGACUUCCUGGCCAUCGACGCGGUGAUCUACCGUAGCCUCGGGGACAGUCCUGCUCUGCGCACCGUGAAGCACGACUCCAAGUGGUUCAGAGAGCCGUAUUUUGUCAGUGCCGUGGAGUGGGGACCUCACAUCUACUUCUUCUUCAGAGAGAUAGCCAUGGAGUUCAAUUACCUGGAGAAGGUGGUGGUGUCACGCGUUGCCCGGGUAUGCAAGCGGGAUCAAGGCGGGUCUCAGCGCGUCCUGGAGAAGCAGUGGACGUCGUUCUUAAAGGCCCGUCUGAACUGCUCCGUGCCCGGCGAUUCCCACUUCUACUUUAACCUGCUCCACUCCACCAGCCCCAUCAUCAGGAUGCACGGCAGGGACAUCGUCCUGGGGGUGUUCUCCACACCAGCCAACAGCAUUCCAGGUUCGGCAGUGUGCGCCUUUGACAUGGAGCAGCUGGCUGCUGUGUUUGAUGGAAGGUUUAAGGAGCAGAAAUCACCAGAGUCUAUUUGGACGCCUGUUCCAGAUGAAGUCAUCCCAAAACCAAGACCCGGUGGUUGUGCCGUUCAAGGAUCCAAGUUUAAUUCCUCCAACUCCUUCCCCGAUGAGAUGUUAAAUUUUGUGAAGACCCAUCCUCUGAUGGAUGAAGCAGUCCCAUCACUUGGACAACGACCCUGGAUAGUGAGAACCAUGGUCAGGUACCAGCUGAAUAAGAUUGUGGUGGAUACCGAGGCCGGGCCCUACAGAAACCGCACCGUGCUCUUCCUCGGCUCAAGCAGAGGGACCAUCCUCAAGUUUCUCAUCAUGCCCAACCAGGACAAUACCGUUACCAAUAGCAACAUCUUCCUGGAAGAACUGGAGGGCUUCAACCCCGAUAAGUGUGCUGAGGACUCUCUGCAGGCCAGGCAGCUGUUGUCCCUGACUCUAGACCGGAUGAGCCACACUCUGCUCCUCGCCUUCCCGUCCUGUGUGGUCAGAGUACCAGUGGCACGAUGCCAGCUUUAUUCCCGAUGCAUGAAGAACUGCAUCGCCUCCAGGGACCCUUACUGUGGCUGGACCAGAGGAAGCACCUGCUCUUUCCUCAGACCUGGAACCAGACUGCCGUUUGAGCAAGAUGUUGAACACGGAAACGUGGACCACUUGGGCGACUGUGACGGAAUUCUGCUCCAAGAGAGUUUCAUGGAGGAGCCCGAUGGCCUCGUGUCCGUAAACCUCUUAGUGGUGUCUGCUGUUUCAGCUUUUGCAACAGGAGCCGUCCUUUCUGGUCUCACCGUCUGCUGGAUCAUGAGUCACCGGCACCGCCACUCUCGCGGCUCCGGAGCCGGUGGCGCCCGGCGCAAAGGUGACAAAGAGCAAAGCAUGCUGGGACAAGGCCGCAGCGGGUCGGUGAUGAGCGUGACGAGAACCAGCGGCGGGGAGCGGCGCUGUUCGCAGGCGGACAACCCCUUCGUCAUGCCCAACGGCUGGCCUAAAGGAGAGAUGGACCCCGGCUUGCUGCCCACGCCCGAGCAGACCCCCCUGCAGCAGAAACGGGGCGUACGUCUCCCGGACACCGAGUGGGACCAGAGUCAGACCUUCCUCACUGCCGUUGGGACUCCCUGCCCUAACAACUCCGUCAUCUACCUGAGCUCCAAGUUCCUGCACGGUGGUGGAGGCGGCGGCGGUAUGGUCCGGAUAGAUGACCCAGGAGAGGUGGUGCUGCCUCCACACACAGAACGCCAUCGCUACCUGAUCCUCGCCACGCAGAGAGGGGAGCACGGUAGCAAUCGCCCCACCGGUGCGCUAAGGAACUCAGCAGGAGAAUACAUCUACCCUGCCACGCCGCAGGACUCCCCCGACCGACGGAGGGUGGUGUCCGCUCCCACUCCCCACAUGGACUACGGGGAGCCUCGCUGGAGUCAUGAGGCGCUCAACUACAACAGCAACAAUGGCGCACCCUAUCACCCUCAGCGCCAGGGCCUCAUCAGGCCAGACAUGCACGGGCCCCGAGGGCUGGGAGAACUGGCUGACUUCAGCCAUCUUCUAGGAAAGAGCGUGGGCGAGCGCAACCCCAGUGGCCAGUGAGGCGACGCAGACGAGCCCUGACGCCAACCCCUUCCCUCCAACAGCAAACUGGAAUCAAACAACCCUCAGAUUCACUGUCCCGAUCCAACCUUACCCUGUCUGUCCUCUCUCACUGUCAUUCAAUGUUCAGACAUCACUCAGCUGACUAAAGAGAGGGACAAAGAGAGAGAGCUGACAAAGAGGAGACAACUCUCUGUACAUCUCCGUUCCUCCGUUCGUAAUCCGAGGUGCACGCCUCGGCUCUGUCGGUGGAUCCAACCGCAGAGCGUGACUUUGACUCCACGGGACGACCGGCGAGCUAAAAAGAGGGGUGCGGAGAACGAAGGCUCUUCAUAGAAGGACAGUGUGGAGAUUAAAAAAAACAAACAAAUAAAAUGACAAUUUGGCUUGCAGCACCAAAUGUGAAAGGUCUCCCUCCACCAUUCUGUUCACUGUUUUAACACCACGGAUCUUCUUUAAGUGUGAAAUCACGUUUCUGCUUUGGUUUGUUGAUGCCGGUGGCGUCCAGCAGACAACCAUGUGCUUUUCUUUGGACUCGAACUGAUGUCGCCGUCAAAGGGCCGCGACUCUCAGCCAAUCACGCUGUGUGUAUGUGUGAAUACGUGUGGCCACGACAACCCCAGCCAGCGUCCUGUCUUAACUGUGAAGUACACCUGUAUAAUGACGAUGGUAAUAACAUUGUUUUCUUUUUAUAACCAAUCACAGAGAGACAGACGGAUUUUUAUCAAGUGUCUACUUGAGGCUCUUUGUGUUCACCAAUCGGAGGUUUGGAUGGUUGGUUGAUCGGUGGCUAGUGAGGAGGUCGGACUCGCUCUGUGAAAGUGAAAAAAAGAGCAAUAAUGAGCAAGAUAUAUAUAAGGAUAAAGAUAAAGCCAAUUUAAUUUGAUAUUUUUAUAUCAGCAUUUUCUCAGCAAGGAAAACCGAAGCUUCGAGACGUCGGAAAGGCUCUGGGAAAAGGGAACAGUAUCUCCACUCCACCCCCCUCCCUUGCUGCCUCUCAGUAUGCCUGGGUCUGUCUGACCUGACCCGAGGCCUCCCCGGGCUCCGCAGUUCAUUUGAAGGAGGGAAUGUGAGCUCUGACUGUCUGCCCGGCCGCUUGGGAGCUCCAUUCAGCCUCUUCUGUCCGACACUGAGACUCUUUGUGCCCCAGAGGCGGGAGGAGACUGCGGCAACAAAUAACCGUUAAGAGUCAAGGACCUAGCCCACCGCCACAGCCCGGCGGAAUAUCAAUGAGGAGGACAGCAGCUCCAUCCGUCACGAGAGACACAGCGACUGGGCCCGGGCAUCUCUCGCGCCUCACGCACACUAGCGAUUCACUGGUUUGCCGGGACAGGGAGGAGCUGAGGGGCUGAAGCUGGGGCUGAGGCCAGAGUAGGGGCACUGCUCGCUGUUCACAAUGGUCAUCCCUUGUGGCUCUGUCCCUUUCUUGCUCUCAGUGUGUUUCCCAACAAUAGCAGGAUAAAGAAAACAGACGGGCAUGGGUAUAUUGGGGUGUGGAGUUACUCUUUCACUGCGUUGUCUGAUCUUUUGAUGUUUCCUAUUUUCAUCAGCUCUCAUCUGUCCUCGAUUCAAACGUAGAUAGCUUCAUCUGGGUCAUACGUUCGUAAAGGCGAUGUUUUUAUGAGUGUGUGAGUCUCUUAGGGCUUGUAUACAUGAAUGUGUUACUCAUAUUGAGUGCAACAAAACAGCUUUGAUCAACAUUACUCUCAUUCUCGCCCUGCUUUUCUUUUCUCUGUUGAACCAUUAAUGGCCGUCUAACACUCACAAAUGCAUGUUAACAAUGUCAGAGCCCUGCGUGGGAGCGCUGUAUGCUAUAGAAUACGUUUAAACCAUUAUACCGCGCACAAAGAAGCGAGUUAAAAUGGACGAGCUGGGUUUUCCGCUUUAAAUAAUAGAUGCUAUCAACAUACACAAGACACACAUCUUUUGGUCCUGACACCAAACGCCCCUUUUUCUAUUCAGAUCAGUGGUUUUUCCAUCAAAGCGGGACGCAUGCCCGCCCAGAAACUUUAAGCUACCUUAUAGGAGCUCCAGGGUUACAACAGCUCGUCAAUGGGGCAGUACUCUCUGAUGUACUGUCAUUGUGCCCUGGAGGUUUGUAGCUUACAGAGACCAGUCCAACACCUCAGUUUCAUACCUUAAUGCAGCAGUCCAAUAAAACUAUUAAUCAACACGAAUGUCUUUGAACUGUGGAAGAAGCUGCAGCACCUGGAGAGAAACCCACACAGGCACAGGAAGAACAAGCACGCAAGCUAGAUCCAAAAAAUGCUUUUCAUUUCACUUUGAUUUAACAGUUUGGUAUUUCUUAUAUUAAACUCCAGAAGAGAAGGUCCUGUGAUUAGACCCGAGGAGGUAGACUGCACUUGUGGAGACAGAAAAGCUUUUUCUUUGUACCCACACCUUUCAGCUUUCUGAGGAUUUAUGGCACCAUUUCCAAAGUUUUUCAGUUUGUUUUCUGCCUUAAAACCUUCGAUCGAUCUCACUGCAGGGGUCGCCCAGCGUCCAGAGUCUUCCUGCCUUCCUGUGUGGCGUUUGCAUGUUCUGACUGUGCCUUACUCCAGGUUCUCUGGCUUUUUCUCAAAUGCAUAUGUUUUAGUUUGACUGGUGAUUCUAGUGUGUCUGUGACUGUUUGUCUGCCUGUGUGCGUGAGCCCAGCCUCUCCCCUGAAGUCAGCUCCAUUCUCACGUCUGGCAUCGUACAUCGUCAGUUUCUGCUGCAGCUUCUUGCAUUUUUUCACCUUUUUUCUUUUACAAAAUAAGUAAUAAACUUAGUUCGAGCGCAUAGAAACACAUGCAGGCAUAUUUUGAACAAGAACCGUGUGAUCCAAGAAGCGUAAACAGAAGCAUAAAUCUGACCCGACACUCGAUACCACCUGACAGUGUUCAGCUCCGCAGACACAUUUCUGUUGAGGUUUAAUACCCAGCCCUAACAAAUGUACAGCCAGGCUUGACGUAAUAUAUGAGACAGGCCAGUGAAAGAGAUUUACGAAGACAAGGACAGAGGAGGAGGUCAAGCAGGCAAACGUGAUGUUACUGCAUUACCGCCUCGCCACCACAUUAAAGCAGUGUAUUCUUUACACAUUCCACCCUGAAACAGGUCAUUAGUAUUGAGGAUAGGAAGCUCUCCACCAGCCAGGACGCCGCUCGUCUCUCUCCCACCGCCGGGUCUGCGUGUGUGUGCCCACGAGGCCUCUCUGUCUCGCUCGGCGUGCCCAGCGAGGCGUCUCCUCGCUCCGCAUCUCCUCCGGUUUUUUCGCUAAACAUGCUUGAUUAGGCAAAGUACAUUCCCGGCCCUCUAAUGGCCUGAUGAGCCCCUGAGAAGAUUACUGCAGACACAUCAGCCCUGAGAGGGAGGCGCUGUUCAACCAGCUCCGCUAACCACCAGCAGAUCACACACACACACACUCGCGUGCAAACGCACAAAAAGGACCUUUAACCAAAUUUGGGGCACAAUUGAAUUAGGAUCCGCUCUGACUGGUGUACAUGUUACUUUACUGACUGCAUAAUUUGAUUACCUUAGUUCAACAUUACACCGGAGCUAAAAAAUUCACGUGGACCUCAUGAGUGCUCUGUUUAUUAAAGCCAUCAUCCUCCCCUUUCUUUGCAUACUUCAUGUCAUUCCCGUUCCUCCUCACCGAGCAGCUGCACUUCUUCUCCUUUUCUUUAAACCCUUUGAUUGUUAGCAGACUCUGCCAGCCCAGCUCUCAUUGCACUUGUCACUAUUAAAGGUUAGCUGGUUAAUUUAAUGAUUCAGUAACAGAAACAGAAAUCAAAGUACCCUCCACUUUAUUUCACAUUAAAUCCUUGAUGCGUAACAGUUUUUAGACAUUUCCGUAAGCUCUCAUGUGGCAAAUUGCUUUCUUUUUCCUAUAAGGGCUUUUGUUUUGUUUUAUUUAAAUGUAGCGUAUACUGCCUCCAGUCCUGCAAACACACACACACAUUCUUCCUCUUUAUCUCUGCUCUGCACGAAUCAACACACACAUAAAAUUUCCAUCUCUGUCUUUGUGACCCAGCCAGUCUGUGAUUUUAUUUAUUAAGAUGUGUGUGCGCGCACUCGCUGAAGAGACCAUACCUUUGUGUGUUGGGGUUGUUUGUGCCGUGUGGCCCAGUCACGUGAUGCCCCCCAGCCAGUAACUGCCAUUUUGCCCCACGGUGCUCCAGUGCGCUGUCCGUGCUUUAUGCCCCAGAAAAGGUCCAGGAAGGAGGCUUACUCGCUUGAAAUCCAGCGAUGCACGGGGAUGUGGUGAAACGAGACUGCACCUCCUCGGCCAACAUGCGAGAAGAAAAAGCACAAACGGCAAAAACAAAAUCAACGUUUGCAUUUUUGUAAAGUUGUAGAUGUAUCUAGUCGGCGCUGACCAUUUUUGUCAUGUUUGCUUUUUUCUAUUGUUUGUUUCUGUGGUAGAUACUUGGUUUUAAGAUUUCUAUGGAAUAUUACUGUAUAUGAUUUCAAUUCUCUGAUGUGCCCGAUUUGAUGAUGACAAUGAACCUGAUGACUAUCAUGACGAGCAGUACUGUGAGCAGCACCCAGGUGUUGCGUCCUGUUUGGAUCUGAAUGUGAAUGUGAAUCGGAAGAAGAAGAGGAGGCGCAGAGCGAAUUAACCACAAAGACCGAGCUUUGGGAGGAGGCCGUUCUCCUCCAAAGCGAAGGAGUCCUGCAGCUCCCACCGGAGGCCGGCCCGAGGCCUCGGGGGCGGGCUGUCAUCGGAUGACAACACAUGUCCCUGCUACGUGUACAUAACCUUGAUGCUUACAUGUAAUUUAAGUGCAGUAGCUGCAUGACGACAAAGCCUCCGUGUGUGUACAGAAGUAGCGACGUGUGAAUUUGUACAGUACAUGCAAGUGUGUGUGCGCUUGUGUCCGCGAAGAAACCUGUCCGUCGUCACGCCAAAAGCAACACGUGCAUGCACCCUACGACAACUGCGCAGGACACACAAACACAAAGGCCACACUCAUACGACCACACAGACAUGCUCCAGCAGUUGUUCGCCAUGUCGCCACAUUGUCCCGAGCUCUGCCUGUCACUCCGCAUGGAGACUUUACUCUGUGUCAACUUUCUUAUUCUAAUAAACCACUCAGACAUGGACUUCA